AUGACAACCAGCUUGACGGCAGAAACACUUACGCUUCAGGUGCUUCAGGACGGGCAGAUAGUCACGUACCGCAAGCUCGCGCGCGAGCUCCAGGUCCACGUCAAUACCGCCAAGAAUAUCAUGGCUGCAUUCUACGAAGAAAAUAAAUCAAAAUGCCAUGCAACGUUUCUAGUAACUGGCAACAAACGCCGCAACAACAUUGACAGCGCACUAGCGCCGGUCCCGACACUGGAGCUGCUGGUAAAGCUUGUCCCCGAAUCCGAGCUCACUAAUGUUCAGCGCAGUCUGGACAAUGCGGCCUACCACAUUUACUCUGUUGAGCCGCGGCCGAUUGAAGGAGACGAAGCGCUUGUUUUGGCCAAUAUUCUUGCUGGAAACUGCCGCGAUAUGGCCGAUUUAAGCGCGGUUGGGAGCAGCGUGACUAUGAUGGAUGUCUCUGGUAAAAGCCAUGAGGUUGCUGACAGGCUGGCACAGAUGGGUGUGGCUAUUCCAGAGGCCAAGCCGGGAUUAGAACAAAACGCUGCCAGUUUGAAUGAGGAGAAGGAGGACGCAGAAGCAGAAGCGCAAAUAGAAGCAGAUUACGCCAGCAUGGUCAGCUCCAAGCCGAAAAUAGAAAAGGCGCCUGCCGCCAAGAAGCCUACCAAGACUGCUAAGGGAAGCAGUAGCACCGCGACCAAACCCACGGACGUAAAGUCAUUCUUCGGACGACAGCUAAAUAAAAAACCGGCAGCUACAUCUGCGCCUGCCAAGAAUAUCAAUAUCAAACAGGAGCCGCAGCAGGACAGCUCAUCUUUGAGCGCCACUGAUGCGAAGGCCAAGAUCAGAUCAAGCCCGCCACCGCCACCCGAAAACAACGACGUUGACGUUGACGUUGAGAUGCACAGCGCUGAGGAGAGUGAGCUAGAGCCAGAGGCAGCAAAGUCGCGCGUGGAGGAUAUGUUUGCUGACGACAACGACGGCAAUGAUGAUCGUGAAGACUCUGGUGAUUUGUCCAGAAAGCCUGUCGAGCAAGAAACCCAGUCCGAACUGGCGACGGAUUCCCAGCUCAUCGUGGAUUCUGUCGUUGAAACUGAGUCUGAUAUAGAGAUGGGAGGGCCCAGCCAGGACAACGGCAACAGCCAGCCCGCACAGUCCUUACAGGCGAGCCUAGAGUCCAACUGUGGGCAGUGCCGGGUGCGUCAUCGUAGAAAGGUUACCAAGGUCAAGCACACCAAGAAUAAGCGCGGGAUGCUGGUAACCGAGACUGUCGAAGAGUGGGAGUCAUAUUCAGAGAGCGAGUCCGAAAAGCCGCCUGCCAAGAGGCUGAAUACCACGUCUGCCAAACCCUUGCCCGCGGCUGAGCCAUCAGACCAGAAGAAACCAGAGUCGUCCGAAACCAAGAAGGGCGCCACAAAGAGCUCCGCUCCGCAACGAUCGAUUCUCAGCUUCUUUGGUAAAAAAAACUAA